AUGGAUAAUCUGACAUUUAAUAGCCCUGUCUUUCAGUUGGAGGGACUGACUGUCUCUGAGCAAAACCUGUAUCCUACAUUUCUUUUCUUCCUGGUUUUCUAUCUGCUCAUUAUGGUAUCUAACAUCGGAAUCAUUCUGCUCAUAACAAUGGAAAGAAGCCUGCAUGAGCCUAUGUACAUUCUCUUCUGCAACCUUCCCUUUAAUGAUGUGUUUGGAAAUUCUGUUGUUGUUCCUCGGAUAAUGAUGGACAUUAUAAGGCCAACAUCUGAACGCUACAUAAGUUAUGCUGAAUGUGUUACUCAAGCUUUCUGUUACCACAUAUAUACUUGUGCCUCUCACACUAUUCUCAUGGUAGCUCUGACAAUAAGGCUGAAUCGCUGUGGAACACGAAUAGCAAAUCCGUUCUGUGAUAAUGCAUCACUGUUUAAACUGUCAUGUGAAAAUCCUUACAUUAAUAAUGUAUAUGGUCUGACAUACACAGCAGCUGUACUUGGCACUUCCUUGGGAAGUAUUGUAGUCACUUAUGCCAAAAUAGCAUCUGUGUGCCUUACUAGUAAAAACAAAUCUCUGAACAGCAAAGCUUUGAAAACCUGCAGCACACACUUGACUGUCUAUUUAAUCAUGUGGCUGUCUGGGUUUAUCAUGGUCACACUUCAUCGUUUUUCUGGGUAUGCAGAAUACAGGAAAGGAGCUGCACUGCUUGUGCACAUUGGCCCUGGUAUUCUGAACCCUCUCAUAUAUGCGCUGCAGUCUACAGAGAUACGAAAUAUUAUGUUAAGGAUUCUACACUCAAAGAAGUUGAUGCCUUUAUGA